AUGAGAAAAAGAACCGCUGAUUUAAUUGAACAGAAUACUCCUCCUUCAAGUCCUGUACCAAGUACUACUUCGUCAUUUUCACGAGUAAAUGCUGGCAAAGCUACAGCAGAUAGAAAUAAAAGGGCAAUGAAAAGAGAGAACUUAAAUUUAAAGGCUAAGGUUUUACAGAUGAAUCAAAAGUUAAAAAAAUACAGAAUGCGUAUAAAAAGACUGAAAGCGAAACAAAGAAAACAAGUGGCAAAUGGAACAAAUUCGAACUCAUUGAAUUUAAAAUGUUUAGAACGAACAUGUACGACCUGUCAAAAUGAAGAAAUUAAAUUAAAUACCUUAAUUAAAGAUGGCUACAUUACUUAUGAGAGAUGGGUUACUAAAAAUAAUAAAAUAAUUGUCAAGGGAAUGGAAAAGGUAUGCAAAAGGUCCGUUAAAGAAAACGUGAAAACUACUGUUACAUCUCUUGUACACUUGUUACAUAUAAACUUACCGGUAUACAUGAAACAUGUGGGUAAUUUUGUUCAUCAAGUCAGGUCAAUCCAUGCUCUUAAAGAAAAACUGUCUCCUUCAGAAGGUUUGUUGCAUAUAGAUUUUUCCGAAAACUAUAACUGCAAGUACAGUGCUGAAAUUCAAUCUGCCCACUUUGGCGGCUCUAAGAUUCAGUUAUCACUUCAUACGUGCGUAUACUAUAGUAACAAUUCUCAGCCACCUGAUAGACAUUUGAAGACGACAUCAUUAUGUACAGUAUCGGAAAAUUUGAGACAUGACCCUAUAUUAAUAUGUGCGCACCUAAAACCUGUUAUGCAGAGAAUAAAGCAGAUUAGCCCGGAUAUUAUAAAAUUGCAUGUACUUAGUGAUGGCCCUUCAACACAGUAUCGAAACAAGUCGAUGUUUUAUUUGAUUGCAAAUUAUGUAAGUAAAGAAUUAGACGUAGAGGCUGUGAUUUGGCAUUUUAGUGAAAAAGGUCAAGGGAAAGGUGCUCCCGAUGGAGUGGGUGGAUGCGUGAAAAGAUUGUGUGAUAACUCUGUUGCAAUAGGCACAUUCAAAAUACACCAGCUUACAUGGAGUCGAAGGGACCCAUUUAUAAUACACGCAAGACGGCUGAGCUGCUUAGAUUGCCCGGAAGAUAAAAAUUGCUCACAUUUUGAAAUUGGACAAAUACACAUUCAAUAUGACACAUCCAAUAUAUAUACACCUGAGUUACCGAGAUCACCGGCGGCUGCGUCUGCUAGAAGUAGUGCAUCUCCAAUCAAUAUAGCCACUCCCGAUGGUUCAACUGAUACAAUCUCAACCAAUCGAUCGUUCUCGCCAGAAAGUCCACCAGCUACACCUGAUAAUUUUAUGUUACAAAAUCCUCCUGUUUGCCCAAAAAAGAAAAAUAGGAGCGUCUCCGACAAUUCUGACAGCUCUGAUUAUAUUUUUGACCCUCCGCUAGCUAAGAAACCACGACGUUUCAUUUUACCCGAGACAGACAGCGAAAUUGAAUCUACCUUCUAAGUGUUUUCCAAAGUGAUUAGUGAUUCGUUUGUUAUUAAUAACACAUUAUAUAUAAAAAAAAGUUGAUUAGCGAAUUCUUAAAGAUAGCUUCGUGAUUACUUAUAAAAGUUUAAAAUAAAUUAUUUGAUCUCUUUCUUUUAAAAUGAGUCUAGUUUUAGUAAUAUGGUCCACAGAAAUUCUCUUCUGUGGACAUAUUUUAAUAUUUUCGUAAGUGACAAAAUAUCGUUCCUCUUAUUGUUUCGUUUUUACUAUCAGAAUUAAGUGCACUAUGACCUUGUUUUUGAUUAAAAUUUAAAAGGAAUAUGUCAUUUCUCUUGAAACAAGAUACAAUUAAUGUCUUUUCUGUGGAUUAUAUCAUCUUUUCUGUGGAUACAUAAAUAUGAAAAUUUGUCCUAAUUGUUGAUAUACUUUAAUUUGAUCUCGAUUUAUAUUUUUAGAUAGUUUCACUUGAUAUAAUAAUAAUAAAUACCAAUUUUGAAAAAGAUUCAAUUCAAUUUUUAUUUUUGUCCUUUUAAAAGUUUUAUCUUGAGCAAUACUUUCCUUCGAAAGGUACGUUAAGCCGUUGGUGCCGGCCGCAUUUGCAGUCGUUAAUACCCUCCAAUCCGCAAUGGGCCAGCGUGGAGGGUCAUGGUCCAUCCUCCUUAACCAUCCAUAAAGAAGGCCUGAGCCCCUGCAGUGGGGACGUAAAAUGGCUGGUGAUGAUGAUGAUGAUAUAGGAUGAUAUUUAACUUAUUGGUAAGUUGACUAUCUGACUCUAUUUAUACGAAGGGUCGGUAAAAUCAAUACACGUGUUCACAGGUAUGAGUUAACUUUUAGACUGUUUUAAUCUUGAAUAACGCUUUACAAAUACAUAAUUGUUUAUAUAACAAAUAUCACAGAUUACGUUGCCACAGUGGACGUCAAAGAUUAUUAAACAGAUGUGCCACAGAAGGCCUGUGCUCCUGCAGUGGGAACGUUAAAAGACUAAUGAUGAUGACGAAUAAAGAUUAUUGAUUUAUAACAUGACACGAAGUUUCUCAGGUCAACUAGAUUAACUAAAUGUUUAGAUUAACAUUUACAACCAAUAUGAUAUUGUUAUUGAUUAAUAUACAUGUUUUGACAUUUUCGUUGUUUCAUUUGUCACG